CGAGUGGCUAGGCCACCAACAUUAAACUGAACUGAAGACCCAGAACCAUAGUGUAAAGUCAAGAAGAAAGUUCGGAGUAGUCUAUAGGCUCAGACAAGCUCAUCACAAAGAUAUUGUUUAUUGAGAGCACAGACCUUACAAGGUCACUAGCUGCUUAUUAAAUGCUCCACGUGUACGUAUUUGAAUAUCUGACCGCUUCUUACUGGUAAAAGAGCAUAGAUACUUAUCUUAUACCCAAAAUCAUUUGGUUUUCAUCGACAUUGUUUUAAGUAGUUAUCAAAGCAAGACUUCUGGUACCUCCCAUAAUCUGUUCUUGCACAACUUUACCAGUCAAAUUUCUCAUGAUAUACCUUACUCUGAUCGCUAGGGUUGCCGAUGGGCUCCCACUUGCAGCAACUAUUCAGGAUGAUGACCAACUAAAUCGUGAAAUAUUCCAGUAUCAAAAUCAAGCAAAAGCACUCGUUUGUCGUAUGACUCCUACUUCUCCUUCUAGAUGCUCUCUUAUUGCUGGUCCUUACUUGUUUCAUUAUCUGCUGGAUCGUGGUGUUUGUUACAUUAUUCUUACAGACUCACAGUUCAGUCGUACAAAAGCCUUUGCAUUUUUAGAGGCAAUACAAACAGAAUUUUACGGCAAAUACUACCAACAAAUACAAACAGUUUCAAGACCUUACGCAUUCCUUGAUUUUGAUCACGUCAUACACAAAACUCAAAAAAUCUAUAGUGAUAGUCGGUCAUCCAAUCUUAGUCAAUUGAACGUAGCAUUACAAGACGUACAAAGAAUCAUGGUACAGAAUAUUGAUGAUGUAUUACAACGUGGUGAAGCACUUUCAACCUUGGACUCUCGAGCAUCCAAUUUGUCUACUAUGUCCAAGAAAUACCGUCAAGAUGCCCACUCACUCAACCUUCAAUCGGUCUACGUCAAAUACAUACUGUUUUGCAUCUUGUUAUUAGUAGUUUUCACAUAUUUUUAUAUUCGGUUCCUAUGAUUUAAUUAGGCUAUAAUUCUAUCCCAUUAUGAAUAACUUGUAUAAAUCCAUAUGAUUAUAGGGAGUUGUGAUGAUAUCAUCCAUUUAUUUAUUCAUUUAUUUAUUUCAAGUAAAUUCUCAUUUAGUAAUCUGUUUUUUUCAAAAAAAAAUUAAUCUUCAAAACAAUUUUAUUUUCUAACAGUAUUGUUUUUCUGUAUUAACUAUUAUUAUUAAUCUUAAUGUGAGAAAUUAAAUCUUUUCAUAUUUAUGUUUGAAAUCAUUCGUAUAAUAGUCACAAUAUCUGAUAAUGAAUGUUCGUCCGAAUUAGAAAAUUUAUGUAUAUUCAUUUUCAAAAAGUCAGCAGUUCACAUAAUCAGUAAAACUAUGAAGUUCCGUAAUGUUCUAC